UUUAGACAUGUUCAGCUUUGUGGAUAUUCGGUUAGCGCUGCUGCUGAGCGCAGCAGUGCUUUUGGUUGGAGGUCACAGCAUUAGAGAUAUGUCAUUCAGCAGCUGCACAUUAGAAGGACAGCAGUACAAUGACAAGGCUGAAUGGAAACCAGAGCCCUGCACCACCUGCAUCUGCAACAGUGGAACCGUCGUGUGCGGCAGUGCGGGCUGCAGUUUUCCAUCCGGCUGCUCCAACCCUAUCAUCCCAGAGGGAGAGUGCUGCCCCAUCUGCCCUGAUGUGCUAGUAGGCGGCUGCACAAUACAUGGAAAGAUGUUCAGGGACAAGGCUGAAUGGAAACCAGAGCCCUGCAAGACCUGCCACUGCAACAGUGGAACCGUCGUGUGCGGCAGUGCGGGCUGCAGUUUUCCAUCCGGCUGCUCCAACCCGAUCGUCCCAGAGGGAGAGUGCUGCCCCAUCUGCCCUGAUGGGACGGGAAAUGGAAACCAGACAGAUUACUGAGGAGCUUUGUCCGCUGUAGAGCCAGAAAAAUGUGGCGUUCCACGGACACAGUGUAAUCAAGUGGACUUGUGCUUGGAACGGGCUGAAUGCUGCUGAAAUAAAAAAAACAGAGUUGGUUUAACAAACGAAUAUUGGAGAAAAAAUGUGAGGUCAAACUAACAGGAAGUACUGUCCAACCUUUCACAAUAAAACAAGCAGUGACAAGAGAAAGAUUAAAAAACAUUGACCUGCCAGAGGUGUGGACUUGUGCUUAGAACGGGCUGAAUGCUGCUGCUUGUGCUUCAAGGACUUGAUCUUAACCAAGGAACCAGGAGGAGAAGUCGUUUGCCUGCUGGCUGACGUUCUCUCUAUGAAACUACCUGCACCUCAGGUUUUUCUGUCCAUCAGGUAAACAUAUGACUGAAGGCCGGGUUGGAAAACCUCUCAUCUGUUAUAAAAGGUGCUUUUACAGCCUGUGUUCUUUGUAAAGAUCAAUACUUAGUGCGCUAUGUAUUUACUGCUUCUCCACUCACAGUCCAAUCCUGACUGCAUUGAUGAAUGACUGUUAAAAGAUAAAUACGAUGUGGUUGUGGGUUUCCUCGUCUCCUGGCUUUUCUUAAUUCUCCUGCACGGAGGAGCAGAGCGCCGAGGACCAGGGAUUUCACUGAGAGAAAAACUGUGUAAUUCACCUCUGAUGUGAUUGACUUGUGUUUUUGUUGAAGGGUUGGUGAGUUGAAA